AUGUUGACCAAAAUAGAAUCAAACUUAACCAGUGCCGAAAAGAAAAUAAAACUAAAAAAUCCUGAUAAGGAACAUAAGAAUAAUAAAACUCUUGCUCUUGAGACCUAUACGAAGAAUAUAAUUGAAAAUCUCAGAAAGCUGAAAAAAUUAGCUCAGACGUUGACUGAAACACAUAGAAGAAAAAGGGCGACGAUGAAAGAUGAUGAUGCGAUAGAAUAUUUAUUGAUGCUGAUGGAAUACCUCUUGAAACAGAACUAUCCCUUAGACACCGCUCCAGUAAAUGAUGGCAUCGAUUUGUUGAUUGAUGCUAUAAAACACGCACCAGAUAUAAAAUUCAUAAAGAAAAAGGUUUUAGACGUCCCAACGACAAAAGCAACUGUAACGCGGACUACAGAAAAACUGACAGCUGCAACUUUCUCGUAUGUAGCUAAUAUAUAUGGUGUAGAUAGUUUAGAAAAAGACAAUAAUAAUACGUUGGAUUCCGAAGAAAAUGAAGUUAUUUUUUCGCCAAAGUCUACUGAUGAUGGAAACAAAAAAGAAGGUUUUCAGAAACUUCUUUACGGACAAAGAAAAUUUAGUAAAAAUUUUAAGACAAGCAAUUUAAAUACUGCGGGUACUAAUUCUGACUUGAAUUUCGAAUUUUCUACACUAGCACCAUCAAAUACACCUAUUCCAUUAGUAAAAUAUGAUUUUAAUAAUGUGCUUGUAGUUACCGACAACUUUGCAAAAAGUGAGCCCCAAGUUGAUAUCCAUGAAAAAGAUGAUGACGUGAUAAAUCUUAAAUCGGUCAAAAAUGAUAACGAAAGACACAAAGAUGUUGUAAAUCUAGAGUUUGUUCACACUGAAAAUGAAGAAAAUUCCCCGACGGUAGGAAUAGUUAUAACUGAGUCAGACAUUGACAUUCCAGUUACAUUUCCAACAAGAACAGUGCCGGUAGAAGAAAAAACAACACGAAAAUUUCAUCACAUGAUUAAAGAGAAAUUCGAAAGUGUUGAUACUUUCACAAAUAAUAGAAAAAACACAAAACCGACAAUUGGCUGGGUUGAUUAUGAUCUAGAUGAAAAUAGUAGUAACUUAGUUCAACGGAAAACCACAUCAAAAACCAAAACGGGUGCUUUAAAAAAAGGAAUAAAAGGAAAUAAAAAUGAUAUAAGUACUAUUAGUAAGGAAAUUAUAGAUGAGAAAAAGAAGAGAUUUGAUAAAAUAUAUUCAGACCCUUUACUCAGAAAUAGAUUGGAUUUGGUAAAUUCAAUAGAAUAUAGUACUUUAACAUCUGAUAUAGACACGUCAGAGUCUAAAGAUGGCGAACUGGAAGAUACGUACGUGAACGAUAUUUUUCCGUCUUAUUUCGCAUGA